AUGGCAAAACUUGCUUACCCGACCGUCUCGCAACGGGUGACUUUUAACUCUCGCCGCUUCAAGGCCCCCUUAAAAAUAGCUCUAGAAGAGCACAUUAGCACUAAAUUAUUCAAUCCUACCGAAACCCUUCCACCACAAAGUCGCACGGCAGAACUACCCUACAUGAACCCUGAAUUUGUGGCGGAUACAGAGGACCGUCUCACAAACAUUGAUGCUCGGAUCGAGGCGAUGGAUCGGGCAGGUAUUGCCCUGACUAUCAUUUCGCUGACGAUGCCCGGGAUUGAAGGCAUUUUCGAUUCUGCUAUCGCCGUAUCGAUGGCGAGGAAAGUCAAUGACGAAAUCCACGAUUUAUAUACAGCUGGAUUGCACGCGAAGAGAUUUCGUGCUUUCGGAGUUGUACCAAUGCAGGAUCCCGAGGCUGCAACUAUUGAGCUCGAGAGAUGCAUUAAAGAGCUCGGCUUUGUGGGAGUCUUGGUGAACGGAUAUUCUAAUGUAGGCGGAGAAAGUACCGUUCAAUAUCUUGAUGAACCGGCUUGUGCGCCUUUCUGGGCUAAGCUCGAGGAGCUAGACGUUCCUCUUUACCUUCAUCCACGUAUUCCGCCGCCUGACCAGAUGCGCAUCUAUAAAGGAUAUGAGUUCCUCGCAGGUAGCCCUUGGGGCUUUGGUUUGGAAACAGCUACUCAUGCUCUUCGACUAAUGGCAUCCGGGCUCUUCGACCAUCAUCCCCGCCUAAAAGUUAUCCUCGGUCACUGUGGUGAAGGUCUUCCAUUCUCACUUUAUCGGAUUGACCAUCGAAUCCGCCAUUUUCAGAACGGUUUACUUCAGUGUAAAUUGCGGAUGCAGGAUUACUGGGAAAGGAACUUCUGGGUUACGACAUCGGGUGUUUUUAGUGAUGGGGCGUUCGCGCAGACGCUGAAACAUUGCGGUGAAGACCGCGUGUUGUGGAGUGCCGACUACCCAUAUGAGGAUUAUGAUGAAAUUUCCCAUUGGUUUGACACCUUGGAGAUUAGUGAGCACACUAGGGCAACAGUAGGAUGGAAAAAUGCGGAGAGGCUGUUCAAUCUAAAGGCGAGCGAGGCAAUCGCACAGCCCCUUAGGGUGGACAUGAAGCGUGGGAGCGUGUAA